AUACCCGAACAUUUUAGACUCUCCAGUCUUCCUGUCCUUUCCUUAGACCUUUGUCUCCUUAUCUCAUCUCACACAAAAAAACACAAUAUGCGUCCUCUAACCGAAGAAGAAAGCAAAGCAGUCUUCACAAAACUCGCCAAUUAUAUUGGAAAGAAUUUGAUUCAUCUCAUAGACCGCUCAGAUGAACCCUAUUGCUUCAGGCUACAAAAAGACAGGGUGUACUAUGUCUCUGAAUCGUCAAUGCGCCUCAGCAUAUCUGUCGCUCGUCCAAAUCUCGUCAGCUUGGGAACGUGUUUUGGGAAAUUCAGCAAAUCUGGCAAAUUCAAAUUGCAUAUAACUGCUCUCGAUUACAUCGCACAAUAUGCAAAGUACAAGGUCUGGAUAAAACCUAACGGUGAAAUGCCUUUCCUAUAUGGCAACCAUGUUGUGAAAGCACACCUUGGUAGAAUAACGGAAGACACUCCUGAGCACCAGGGUGUCAUCGUGUUCAACAUGAACGAUGUUCCAUUGGGUUUUGGCGUAACAGCGCGAUCAACAGUCGACACGCGGAAACUAGAUCCAACGUCCAUCAUAGUAUUCCACCAAGCCGACGUCGGAGAAUAUCUACGAGACGAGGAAACGCUCUUCUGAUUGGCGUCUCAUCUCAUUCCCUUCUUUUCUUUGUUUUGCUCUCGUCACUGGUCACUGGGAAGUUUACAUGGACCCAUUCGUAGUAUAUAGCUAUCAACGGUUUUGAAGUGCUCGACCGUGCUGUAGAUCAUGUAUGUGUGCAAACACGUACCUACCUCGUCUUUCAUAGAGUUGCCGAUAAAAGUAUUGUAUCACAGUACAACCAAUUCAAAUUUCACUCUUUUGCAUUUGCAUCACAA